AUGAACAAUAAUCGGUAUAAUCUACGUUCCUCGGCGCAACAGCAAGUUGAGCCUUCCUUUUAUCCGACAUCAUCCACCACCGGGGGUACGGCAGGCGCAGGGAUUACUUCGACGACCACAACGACAACGACGGUAGGACUCCCUUCUUCUUCGUCGUUAUUAUCAGCGCAGCCCGCAUUUCAACCCAACCAACCCUUACAGCAACAGCAACAAUUCCAACCUCCCGGCCAACAACAACAACAACAACAACAACAGCAGCAGCAACAUCUCUUCGCAGAAGGCCAAGCACAAGCACAACCGAACGUGGACAACAUGAUACCGACCCAUUACCAGCAAGGUCAAGUUCAAGGACAGGAGCAAAUGACUCUAGGUGGCCCGGCAGCCACCGCGCCAUUUCUCCAAGAUUUUACGCUUGUCGCGGAGGCUGUGCAGAGAGUACAAAUGGAUGCUGUGAUGACAGAGAUGGAGUCUAUUACUCUUUGA